AUGUCAAACUCGGACAGGGUUGUGUUGGCGCUAGGAGGAGCGGGCACAGUGGGCUCUGGGAUAGUUAAAGCACUGCUGGACAAAGGUAAGCUGCCCAGGGGCCACUUGACUACAUCGUGUCUGAAUGUUGUUGCAGAGUCUUUUCCUCUGCUACAAGAAGGACAUUUCUUGUCUGAUUAUUUCACGUUUCAUCUCCUGUCAACUCUGCAGGUAAUUGAGACAUUACUUUUCAGCACAUUUGUGUCUUGGAAGGCCUUCUUCCCCUUGGUGAGGGACGACUCCGACUGUACUUACACAUUCAUAACAGGAGGAGCAGGGGAUAAGUUGCUGAUGCCUGGGACGGGCUUCCUGACGGUAGGCUCUGCCAGCACCCUGGCCUUCUGCCAGGUCCUACGAGAGGAGUAUCCUCAGGUGCCCUGCAAACUCAACCAGGUGAAGAUCGACGCAGGUGUAGCCACUCCAGAGCGCAUGACACCUGGUUACCUGAACCACCUGGAUCUGGGCGAGGCGGUUGCCACCCUUGUGGAAAGACGAAACACCUCCCACACCGUCUUCACCGUCAACUGUCCUGCAGACUUAAAAACGGUCCUUCUGGAGAGGAACCUUUAGACUGGGAAGGCCUUGCUCCAGCACUACAUCUUCUGCUCCUACUCUUACUGAACUCUCCAGAAACACGUUUGAAAUGUCUUUGGUUCCUAUGUUUUCUUCUCCCACAAGUCUGUACCCCAUCCAUGCCCAACUUUAUGUGAAUUGUCUGUUGUUCCAACUCUGUAUAAUCAGCCACCUGUUCUCAGACUGUUAACUGUUUGUGUUAUGUGUGAUAUGUCUGUUAAAAAAUUGCACCGGAUUUGAAAUAAUCACCUUCUCAUUGUUGCCUGCUUCUGUACCAAUAUCACACUAUUCUGUUCUGUCUUCCACAUUGUUGGGAGGCAUGAUACCCAAUGUAAUCCCACCUUUACUACAUGGACCUACCUAAUACACUUGGUAUGAAACUAGACCUCUUAGGCCCAACCCAUUGGACAGAGCAGGUGAAGAUUGAAAGCACAGGAAGGAGGGAUUUCAAGUUCCCCAGAGGCUGUUUG